AUGUCCGAAACCUGCAUCUCCCUUCAGGGCUCUACGGCGUGUCCAGCAUUUCAGUCCUCGUCGAUAUCAACCGACUCUACGCUUGUGGGCUUCUUUUCAUUCCUUCAAUUCGUGUCAGACCGCGCGUCUUUCGAUGCACAGCUCGAGUCUUACGUCCAGACGACAUAUGUGCAGGAUAAAUAUCAAACGCUGUUUGGCUGCGGUAAUAUCGAGCUGACCAAUACUUCCAACCUCUACGCACGCUUCACGACUUCUGUAAUAUGUAAUGCCAUUGUGCAGAACUCGAUUAACCCAUGUGGAUUGUCCUCCUCACAAUCGCAACCUCUUUGCGCCGACACCUGCUCCGAAGCAUACUACGUGUCUGAUAGCCAAUUAUGCUCAAAUCCCAGCAGUGGAGCUACGACGCAGAUCAGGGCUGAUUUUACGAAUUGCGCUCUGCCCGCAGACUCACUGUCGUCGGAUAACUGCAUCGACGGAAUCCAAAACGAACCGGACAACUGCGGAUAUGGCAACAGCACCAUUGGACUCUGCUCAUACUGCGCAUCUGGCGGCACUAACUCGACCGACACGUGCUGCUACAACUCGAAUGCCGAAAACCGUUGCGCAAAUGUGACACUACCGUCCAUUACAUCGACCAUAACACUACCGACGUCCACGUCCAGCCCAUCUCCCUCCAGCACCGCAGGCGCCGGGAGGGGCGGUCUCAGCGGGGGCGCGAUCGCUGGGAUCGUCAUUGGAAGUGCGGCGCAAGCGAGGCAGUCAAUCAGGGAGCAUAUUCAACCAGCCCUCACCGGCAAGAAGAGGCCCCAUGUCCCAGGCUGGCCCCACUGCUUCGACACCGCAUGGAUACGAAGUCUUGCCUGGCGUGCUGCAGCAGUCGGUGCUGUGAGAAGCAGACGCGUUGAAAACCACUCCUCGUCGAGCGAGUUUGGGGACAGUCCGGAGUCGGAGCCGCGAGCUGGUGUUUUGCGACCCCCACCAACUUCGAUGCUGAAGAGGACGGGUUCAUUGUCUAGCGGCUCCGUGCUUCUUGCCGGUGAGGAUGCUGGCAGCAACGGCAUGUCUUCACCACAAGGAGUCGCCAGUCAGCAAUCGGAGCAGUUGCCGUAUUUCAAGGACUACUACUCCCAAGACGAGAUACAUCCUGGCGACCGCGUAGCAGUCCUCUGGGCUUACCAGCCGCGCGCUGCCGACGAGUUCGCCCUCGAGCGCGGUGACAUGCUCAAGGUCGUCGGUAUCUGGGAUGACGGUUGGGCGACUGGUGUUAUGGUGGAUGAGCGAGCCGAGGAUUGGGAGGCUAGGCGCCAACAACAACGAGACAGCGGCGUCUCGAACACGUCCGGUCGUGGCCGCGAUCUAUCACCCCCUGCCAGUGGCGAAAUCAAGGCAUUCCCGCUGGUGUGUGUCUGUCUACCGGAGCAUUGGAGAAAGACGAUCGAAAGCGACACAUCGACUGAAGCAGCGUCCAGCGCUCACCAACGCUGA